AUUGUAACAAUUAUUGAUACAAAAUUUCGUUUAUCAGAAAGAUUAUUACGUAUUUUAUUAAUAAUUGCUUGGUCUAAUUCGUCCAUUAGUCCAUUGUGUUAUCUAUUAUUGUUACCGAAAUUUAGUGAUUUAUGUUUUUUUUGUUUAAAAAGUGAUAAGAAAAAUAAUAAAUAUGAUACAUUGACAUCAUAUUAUAAUCGUGUUGGUGAUCGUUUUCAUGAUCUAGCCCAACAGCAUCAACAACAAUCUGAACAACAACAGACUGACGAUUCAAAUUCAGAAAUACGUGAUUUAACAUUACAAUCAAAUAAAUUAUUUGUGAAAGAACAAAAAUCAAAUAGACAUUCUUAUGCACCACGUGAAUAUUUAAAAGAAACAAAAAUUGUUUCAUCAUCAUCGGAUUCAUCUAGUCCAACUG